AUGGCCGGGUCUACCACUGGUGAGCCUAAUGAUGAGAUCGUUCCUACUGAAAAUUUAAAUGGCUCUGCCCAACCUACCCCCGAGGUCAAUGAGAAUAAAGAGGUUAAAGAUGUUAAGGAUGGCAAGGCCCCAGCCGAAAAAGCCCCCAAAUUGGCCUGCAGGGGUAAAAAGCAUGACAUGAAAAAGAGAAAACCCAAAAAGAAGAAUGAUGAAAGUGAUUCUUCUUCCUCUUCUUCCUCGCCACACGAAAGUGACGCAGACUCUGAUGAAAGCUCUUCCUCAGAGAGUGAGUCAGAUAGCGAGAAGAGAAAACGGCAUCGAUUGCGCACUAAAGCGCGGUCUAAACGUGCCCUGAAGGAUAAAAAGCGUCUCAGAAAGAAGAAGCAACGGUCGCGCAAAGUCGAAACUUCCGAUUCUUCGACUGAUACUUCAGAAGUAUCAGAGGACGAGGCUUCUGCCGAAUCAGAUGAAUCGCUUGAUGAUAGAGCUCUGCGGAAAUUGAUUACACGGCUCAAACUCAAAAAGCGUGCGAACGAGCUCACAGCAAGUGAUCCGGUGGUUGAUAGGAGCCGCGAGAAGCGCCCCAAGAAGAAGAAGCCGGCUUCGAAAGUAGCUUACAAGCGUGUAGAUCAAUUAUGGGACACCACCAUUCACAAAUACAAGCUCACCGAAACGGUCGAUGACCUUGAAGCCCAGGAAUGGGAUCAGUAUAUCUUCAACGUCCGUCGCAAGUUCAAUUGGGAGAACAAAUACCUCGAGACAGUCGUCGACAUCAAAAGCAAGCACCUCCGUGAUGCCUUAUCCAAAAUCAUGGACGGGGUCAAAGGUAUCAGCCUGGUGGAAGAACCAGCGGUUGUUGAUCCCAACAUGCUCUUCCUGUAUCUUGAAGAAACCCGCCAAUACAUGAAAGACAUGAAGAAGCAAGCGCGCAACGAGAAAAAGCGCAAAGCCCGCAAAAUAGCUGCCGCCAAAGCUGCCCAUCUGAAGGUUCUCGUCAAAUAUCUCGAUACAGACUAUGCUGAUAUCAAGAAAACUUUGUACCCCCUCCUUGAAGCAAACACCAUAACCUUCGACCUUCUCUGGGCUCUUUUCAAGCCCAACACCAUUGCUUACUCCCCAACCUACGGGAACGCGGACGAGCCACGUGCUUUCAAAAUUGAGUACGCAAUCAAAGAAUCGUCCUUCAUGAAAGGCCAAUGGUACAGCGUUGAGGGCCGCUACCUCGAGUACGACGGCAAAGACUUCGGCUUCGGCUCGAUGUCUGCGGAGGUCGAUGCGUUCAAGGGCGCUCGCAAAAUCACUUCCCUCGCUUGCUACCCGCUCAAGUACCACCGUGACUCCGAGGCGCUGCGUGCUCGGUUGAUCGAGCGUGGUAAGCGCUUCGUUGCCCUCCGCGGUAUGAACUAUCGCUUCCACAAAGGUAUGGCGUUUUACAAGAAGAAGCGCUCCUUCGUGAUCAAGGUCAACAUCAAUGGUCGGGUCAUGAUCGAUCCGGCUAUCCAUCGCCGUAUCAAUCCUAACUACCCGAUUUCUACGGUCCGGCCUAAAGACCCCGAUCUGCUGGAUGCAGAGGAUCUCGGUCUCUCCGAUAAUGACGGAGACGACAGCGAAGCGUGCUGCUGUGGCGGAUCAGACUCAGACGAGAAUGAUCAUCACGGCUCGUCUGACACACCGCGCAUCGCUUACAAAGUCAUCGAAGGAGACGACGGCACACCGCGCGUUGUCGAAGUCGAGGUUGACGAGAGCGGCGCCGAGAUCCAGAAAGAGAAGAUCGACCGCAUCGACAACAACGCAGAGACCAAGGAACGCGAGUUCACAGAGGAAGAGCUCCUUGUCGCCAGCCCUGUCGUCCUCGGCUUCGCCUUCAGCGAGAAACUCUGGCUGGAAUUUACUAUCUCCGGCAUCAGCGACAUCGAAUGGGACAAGGACGCCUUCGGCUCUCUCGUGCUCCCCUCGAACCAAAAGUCCAUCGUCAAGGCGCUGGUAGAAUCGCACACCUUCCACGCAGCAGAGAACAUCGACGACGUCAUCCAGGGUAAGGGCAAGGGCCUUGUUGCUGUUCUGCAUGGUCCACCGGGCACCGGAAAGACGCUUACAGCGGAAGGCAUUGCGGAGCUGCUCCGGCGGCCGCUUUACAUGGUCAGCGCGGGCGAGCUGGGAACGGACUCGCGCACGCUGGAGGCGGAGUUGAACAAGAUUCUGGAUAUUGCGCAUUCAUGGGGCGCUGUGCUGCUUCUGGAUGAAGCGGAUGUUUUCCUUGAGAAGCGCACGAUCCACGAUAUCCACCGCAACGCGCUCGUUAGCAUCUUCCUCCGCUUGCUGGAAUAUUUCCAGGGUAUUCUGUUCCUGACGACGAAUCGUGUGGAGACGUUCGACGAUGCGUUCCAGUCGCGGAUUCAUGUCGCGCUGCGGUACGGUGAUUUGACUUCCAAGGCGAAGAGAAGUAUUUGGAAGAUGUUCUUGGAGCGCGUGCGGGCUAUCGAGGGUGUGAAGGUUGCGCCUUUCUCUGAACAGGACUUCGAUACACUUUCUAGGCAUACUUUGAAUGGUAGACAGAUCAAAAACUCUGUUCGCACUGCGCAAGCUCUUGCGGUUAAUGAGAAGUCGCCUUUGGCUAUGGAGCACAUUAAACGUGUGCUUGAAGUGGCCGAGACUUUCGAUCAAGAUCUGCGUGGUGGAACGGGAUACUUGGAUGCUAUGCGGAGUUACACUUGA